UUAAAGCUGUUUCAGUCGUAAAGCUGUCAAAGGAAACAAGGAGUUACUCGGCAGAGUCACAGAUUACACAGGAUUACAGCAGCCUUUAGACAAAGUUGGGCUCUGUUGUCUUGGCUUUGGUGGCAGGAGCAGGAGUGGCUUGAUCCUAAAGCAGCUCUCCAGAUCAGAUUUCACCCAAACCAGCUGUGAGAAGGAGCUUUGCCUUUUCUCCCCUCUCUCCUUCUCUCCAUGUUGUAAUCGCGCUCCUGACAUCCAGAAAGAAAAAAAGGGGAGUGACGGAGAGAGUUCCUGAAGGAAUUUUCCUUCUCCUAGGCAAGAAUUGAAAAAGUCAUCAGAGUCUAGAGAACAGCGGCGAGGAUGGAUGACCAGCCCCGGUUGAUGCACUCCUCUCACGGGGUGGGCAUGGCCGGACACCCCGGCCUGGCGCAGCAUAUGCUGGAUGGCACGGGAGGAGCUGACGGCGAGGGAAGAAAACAGGACAUUGGAGACAUAUUACAACAAAUCAUGACCAUAACCGACGAAAGUCUGGACGAGGCACAAGCCAGGAAACAUGCACUGAAUUGUCACAGAAUGAAGCCGGCUCUAUUCAACGUCCUGUGUGAAAUAAAAGAAAAAACAGUUCUCAGUAUUCGUGGAGCUCAGGAGGAGGAGCCACCAGAUGCUCAGCUCAUGCGAUUGGACAACAUGCUGCUAGCGGAGGGCGUGUCCGGACCUGAGAAAGGAGGCGGGUCGGCUGCAGCCGCCGCUGCAGCUGCCGCGGCAGGCGGCGGCGGGUCCGAUAACUCGGCCGAACACUCAGACUACCGGGCCAAGCUGUCCCAGAUCCGUCAGAUCUACCAUACAGAACUGGAGAAGUAUGAGCAGGCGUGUAAUGAGUUCACCACCCAUGUGAUGAACCUGCUGAGGGAGCAGUCUCGCACUCGACCUAUCUCCCCUAAAGAGAUCGAGCGCAUGGUGGGCAUCAUCCAUCGCAAGUUCAGCUCCAUCCAGAUGCAGCUCAAACAGAGCACCUGUGAAGCGGUCAUGAUCCUGCGCUCCCGCUUCCUAGAUGCCAGACGAAAAAGAAGAAACUUCAAUAAGCAGGCCACAGAGAUCCUGAACGAAUACUUCUACUCCCACCUCAGCAACCCAUACCCCAGCGAAGAGGCCAAGGAGGAGCUGGCAAAGAAAUGCUCCAUCACAGUCUCACAGGUAUCCAACUGGUUUGGAAACAAGAGGAUCAGAUACAAGAAAAAUAUUGGAAAAUUCCAAGAAGAAGCCAACAUGUACGCCGCCAAAACCGCCGCUAACGCAACCAGUGUCUCCACCCACGGCAGCCAAGCCAACUCGCCUUCCACACCAAAUUCAGCCGGUUCUGCUGGCUCUUUUAACAUGAACUCUGGGGACUUGUUCAUGAGUGUGCAGUCUCUGAAUGGGGACUCGUACCAGGGGGCCCAAGUCGGGGCCAACAUUCAGUCACAGGUGGAUACUCUUCGCCAUGUUAUCAGUCAGACAGGCGGAUACAGUGAAAGCCUUGCUGCCAGUCAGAUAUACAGUCCACAGGGCAUCAACGCGAACGGCGGCUGGCAAGAUGCCCCAACACCCUCCUCAGUGACCUCACCCACGGAAGGACCCGGGAGCGUCCAUUCUGACACCUCCAACUGAUCAGCAGCACCCUCCAUCCUCACAGCGCGUGGGGUCUUCAGACUGAUCCAGCGAUCCAUCCUCCUCAGAUUGGGAUUAAUGUCCUACACGGUCACACACAAUCAUGCCAUACUACCGUGGAACUUUGGGAUAUUUUACAAGAUUUUUGAAAACAA